GAGCCAGCUGCAAAACAGGGCUGUCCGCUUAGAUGCAUUAAAAACAAAACACACACAAAAUAUGGCAAAUCGCACAGUUAAAGAGGCGAAAAACGUGCACGGCACCAAUCCGCAGUAUCUCAUCGAGAAGAUCAUACGUUCACGAAUCUAUGAUUCCAAGUACUGGAAGGAGCAAUGCUUUGCACUUACCGCCGAACUGCUGGUGGAUAAGGCCAUGGAGCUGCGUUUCGUUGGCGGCGUCUACGGUGGCAACAUCAAGCCGACCCAAUUCCUGUGCCUCACACUGAAAAUGCUGCAAAUCCAGCCGGAGAAGGACAUUGUGGUGGAGUUUAUCAAGAAUGAGGAGUUCAAAUAUGUGCGCGCUUUGGGCGCCUUCUAUUUGCGUCUCACCGGCGCCGCCAUCGACUGCUACAAAUACCUCGAACCCCUCUACAUAGACAAUCGGAAGCUGCGUCGACAGAAUCGCGCCGGACAGUUCGAGAUCGUCUAUAUGGACGAGUAUAUAGAUGAGCUGUUGCGCAAUGAUCGUGUGUGUGACAUUAUAUUGCCGCGCAUACAGAAGCGUUCCAUACUGGAGGAGAAUAACGAACUGGAGCCCAAGGUAUCGGUGUUGGACGAGGAUCUGGAUGACGAGGUGCCUAGCGAGGAUGAGGCCAAAGACUCUGAGGAGCAGGAGUCCGCUCGCCAAAAGAACACUUCCACAACUUCAGUGCGACGUCCUCGCCGCGGCCGCUCCAAAUCCAAAUCACGCAGUCGAGAGCGGGACAGAGAUAGGCGUGGUGCACCCAGCAGCAGCAAUGCGCGCUCCAGGGACUACUACGAUGAACUGGAGGAAUAUGACCGCCAGCGCAAUCGUGUGCGCAACCGGGACCCACAGAACCACAGCAACAACUACAACGACGACUACGAUCGCCGGCAAUCUGGACGCAAUGAGAACAGGCGGGACGGAGAGCGCGACAGACGGGAUAGGGAUCGUGAGCGGGAACGCGAACGAGAGCGACAUGGCGACAGAGAACGCGAUCGGAAUGGUGAACGUGAACGGAAUGGUGAGCGAGAACGGAACGGAGAGCGAGAACGGAACGGAGAGCGUGAACGGGAACGCGGCAGCCGCUAUGAGCAUCGGGAAAGAGAUUCACGCAAUGAGCGCGAGCGUCGACGCUACUAAAAUUUACGCUUAGUU